UGGCAAGCAUAUUAUAACUCAUCCAUGUGGAUCACCCUAGUAGAUUGGGAGCAAUCCCUUGUUGAAAUUGUCUUCUAAACACUUAGAGAGAAGGAGACAGAACGGAGCGGCCAGCCCAGCUCAGUGUGCCUGUGUGUGUGCUCUCACACUGCCUGCUAUCUCAGCCAAGGAACAUGAAGACACUCUUUCCCUGCUUCGCUCUGGGUCGCAGUCUGCUGUGUGUGUGUGAAGAAAACAUUUGAACAGCCUGAGCUGCUAACUGGAGCUGCUGAGACCCAAAGGCAAUGGCUUCAUCGUGAUUUGAUGUUGUUGUUGUGACCUGGGAGUCCCUAAAUCCCAAAUCGUAUAGCUUUGGAAAUCCUGGAAAUACCUGGAAUUCUAGGACUAUUUCACCAAAACGUCUUCAGGUGCCCAGGCACUGGAUCAAUAGCUUUACAUCUUUUUUUUUUGUUUGUUUUUUCCUGUACACAAAGAAAGAAAGACUGAAUAUUAGCAAUAGUUGCUGGCCAUCCACCAUCGCUUCACCAAACCUGCUGAGACCAAGAGGGCGUGACCUUUCUGCAUGCUGACUUCAAACAGACACUUGAAAAGGAACCCCGGUCAAAGMGGCAUCCGUGCAUUGGGAUCCCAAACCAAAAACCCCAUCAGGCCUGGAUGCGAUGAAUGCCUCAUGUAGGCAUCAGCAUGGACAGCUGUGAGUCUCCCGUGGUUUCUGGGACAGAGGAUGGGCUCAGCUCCUCCCAGCAGCAACAAGCACCACCAUCCUGGAAAGAUCACUCAAGCUCACAGGUUACUUGCACCAACCAGGCCCCAUCCCUGGAUGCCCUGUCUCUCUCCGCUUCUUACCUAUCUCAACCCCAAAACUCCAUUGCACCUCAUGACGGGGUGAGAGAACUGCAGUCCCAGCAGGAGCAGUCAAAGCUGACAUUACCCCAGGCUCACAGAAAUAGCUCUCCCUUAGGCCAGCUGCAUCCCAGAAGAGAGGCGCUCGACGAAGUGGAGCAGGAGGGAGUGAGCUGUGGAGAAGAGGACGAAUCUGAGGACUUGGAUGAAAUGGAAAUAGAUAGCUGUUUCCCAAGUCUUCAGCCCUUUCCUGGGGUGCCAAUAGCAUCAGGUGGAGGAGGCAUGCCCACUCUUCUGCGACACCAACCCACACAACAGCAGGRACCACCUGAGAGUGGGAGUGAGGAAGGAGAGGAGGAAGAGGARGAAGAGAGCAGUGACGUGGAAAACCUGGCUGGAGAGAUUGUCUAUCAGCCAGAUGGCUCAGCCUACAUUGUGGAGAGCCUCAGUCAGUUGAUCCAAAGUAGUGGAGGUAUGGUACCCGGCCUGCUUCCUACAAAUACUCUCACAAGUGGGAGUAAAUCGGGAGAGCCUGCUGGGACGUCAUCCUCAGUAUACCCACAGAUCAUCAACACUUUCCACAUAGCCUCGUCUUUUGGGAAGUGGUUUGGUAAUUCAGACCAAGAUUUUCCCAAUACCUCAACAAUGGCAGGCCUCAGCCCUGUCCUGCACAGUUUUCGUGUCUUCGAUGUGCGGCACAAAAGCAACAAGGAUUACCUGAACAGCGAUGGGUCUGCCAAGAAGUCCUGUGUAUCCAAAGAUGUUCCCAACAAUGUGGAUUUUUCCAAAUUUGAUGGGCUAGCUCUAUAUGGCAAGGGUAAACCCAUUCUAAUGUGUUUUCUCUGCAAGUUGUCCUUUGGCUAUGCUCGUUCUUUUGCCACUCAUGCCGUCCAUGAUCACCGCAUGACACUGUGUGAGGACGAACGGCAGCUAUUAGGAGACAAGCAUGCCUCUGCUAUCAUCCAGGGCAUUGGGAAGGACAAAGAACCUCUUAUUAGUUUCCUGGAACCAAAAAAUAAGAGCAGUCCUCUGCCACCUACUCUGCUCCCUAUGAACUCUGGGCAGAGUUUCUACGGCACAUUUAGUGGUGUCCAUCUUGAGCCUGGAAGCAGUAGUGGGGGCAGUGAGACCCUCCUGAACAAAGACUCAGACUCUGGCCUCCAGCAACAACAACAGCAACAAACCCCACUUGGCUCAGUCCUCUCUUUAGGUGGGCUGAAUUUUUCCAAAGCGUCCACUCUCACCUCAUCCUCAGGCUCUGCCAAAGACUCCAGUGCCCUGCCCAAACAGGGAGGGAGAACAGAGGAGCCUGCAGGGAAAAAGUUGUCAUGCAAGGGAGAAGAUGGGAGCACGGAGGGACAUGAAAGCAAUGCUCAACUAUCCAACCGGUUGGGGGGCUCAGAAGAAGAGGAGGAACUGUUAUUAGGGGAAGAAGAAGACGAGGUAGAGGCAGAAAGCACCACAGUGGCCUGUGGUGGUACAAGUAGCAGCGAUGGGUGUGAGGUGGGGGAACCAGCUGUCUCAAACCAAAGCAAUUCCAAAUCUCCUUUAUUAAUGCCUAGUAGCACUCUCCAGCCUUCUGCCUGCUCUUCUGCAGUCAGUUCCACACUCAACAGCAAAGCCCUUGCUUCCAUUUCCUCCUCUGUCAAGGAAGAGGGUUUAGCUGCAGAUGGUGGAGGGAGGACCUCAGAGCUCCCUCUGAGCUUUAACUGCCAGGGACCAACUGUUCCCAUGGCAAUUGCGGCAGCUGCCGUCAGAAGGAGCGAGGACGACACUGCCGGCACUUCCUCCUCGCCUCUGUCCACCAACGCUGCUGCUGAUGAAAGUGCCAAUCGAGAUAGUGCCACAGCUCCAGAACCAAAUGAUUCCCCAGCAGAAGGAGAGGAGGAAAAUGGAGCCCUUCUGCAUCAUCACCACAUGCACCACCAUCAUCAUCAUCUCCACCCGUCAUCUCACGGUCACUCCCUCCCUCUCCAAGGGGGCUCCUGUGACAUCACAGGGAUGGGUGAGUGUUCACAAAACCAUGGCUCUGGUGGGAGUGGAGGAAGUGGGGUUGAGUGCCCUAAAUGUGAUACAGUUUUGGGUUCCUCACGCUCCUUAGGUGGUCACAUGACCAUGAUGCAUUCACGCAAUUCAUGCAAGACAUUAAAGUGUCCCAAAUGCAAUUGGCAUUAUAAGUACCAGCAGACAUUAGAGGCUCAUAUGAAAGAGAAACACCCAGACUCUGGAGGCUCCUGUGUUUACUGCAGCAGUGGUCAGAGUCAUCCUCGUCUGGCUCGUGGAGAAAGCUAUACCUGCGGUUACAAGCCCUUCCGGUGUGAGGUGUGUAACUAUUCUACAACGACGAAGGGCAACCUAAGUAUCCACAUGCAAUCGGAUAAACACCUAAACAACAUGCAGACACUGCAAAACGGAGGCUCUAUUGGCUCUGCACAGGAGCAGGUCUUUGGACAUACCCCGGGGGGAGUGGUGGCUGUGCCCUCAGUGACCCAAGCCAGUAGCCAUCACACUCCCCACCACCAUCCAACACAGGCCUCCCCCCACAUGUCUGUUCCAUGUGGARCACCCUCACCAACCAAGCCGAAAAGCAAACCUACUUGGCGGUGUGAGGUUUGUGACUAUGAGACAAAUGUGGCACGGAAUCUACGCAUACACAUGACCAGUGAGAAGCACAUGCACAACAUGAUGCUCCUCCAGCAGAACGUGACUCAGAUGCAACAUGGACGACUUGGCUUGGGAGCCAUGCCAUCACCAUCUGAAGCUGAGCUUUAUCAAUAUUAUUUGACGCAGAAUUUGAGCCUUCCACCAGGCCUCAAGAUAGACCCAUCUGGACCUGAGGCCCAGUUUUUAAUGGGGAGCUUUCACCUAGAUCCAAGCAUGGCCGCCUUGGCCCCUGCAACUGGUGGAGAGAUCCCCAUGGAUGUGCGCCUCGGCAGUGGGCAGUUGGUGUCUGAGGAACUGAUGACCCUAGGAGAAAGUCUAUCACAAACCACAGAUCCCUCCCUGAAGCUCUUUCAAUGCGCAGUGUGCAACCGUUUUACCACCGACAACCUGGAUGUGCUCGGAAUGCACAUGGGAGCUGAACGCAGCUUGCCGGAGGAGGAGUGGCGUGCUGUGGUGGGAGACUCUCAUCAGUGCAAGUUGUGCCACUACACCACUCAGCUCAAGGCCAACUUCCAGCUGCACUGCAAAACAGACAAACACGUGCAGAAGUACCAGCUCGUGGCCCACAUCAAGGAAGGGGGCAAAGGCAACGAGUGGCGUCUGAAAUGUGUGGCCAUAGGUAAUCCAGUGCACCUGAAGUGUAACGCCUGCGACUACUACACCAACAGUCUGGAGAAGCUGAGACUGCAUACUGUCAAUUCCCGCCAUGAAGCAAGCCUCAAACUGUAUAAGCACCUGCAGCAGCACGAAAACGCCGUGGAGGGCGAUGCCUGCUACUACCACUGUGUGCUGUGCAACUACUCGACCAAGGCCAAGCUCAACCUCAUCCAACAUGUGCGCUCCAUGAAGCACCAGCGCAGCGAGAGCCUCAGGAAGCUCCAGCGCUUGCAGAAGGGCCUGCCAGAGGAGGAGGAAGACCUCGGCUCGAUCUUCACCAUCCGCAAAUGCCCUACUUCAGAUACAGGAGAGCUAAGCGAGGAUGUGGAGGCUGCUAGCGAGACCACCACAGACCAGGAAGACCAAACCAAAGACCGAGAAAGUGGGGGGGAGAAGGAGCUCUCCAGAGGGACAGCUCUGUCCGGCCACUUGGAACGGCACCAGUCAGAUUCGCCUGUUCCUUCCAAAAGGCCCUCUUUGCAGUCUGAGACCUCUGAGAGUCCGCUCUCAUCGAAGCGUCCCAGGACAGCUGAGAAGGCCGCUGCGGAGCAGUUGUACCAGUGCCCCUACUGCAAGUUCACCAACACGGAUUUGAAUCGCCUCAGAAUGCACGUGAUGACGCAGCACUCUGUUCAGCCCAUGCUGCGCUGCCCGUUAUGCCAGGACAUGCUCAACAAUAAGAUCCACCUGCAGUUCCACCUCACACACCUCCACAGCGUUGCACCUGACUGUGUUGACAAGCUAAUAGC